AUGAAAGAAACAGAAAGCAACGAUAUUAUAUGGCUAAAAGAGUACAAAAGAUCAACAUCUUCAUCGUCUUCUUCGAAGAGCCCGUCUAUCCCAAAUAAGGCAAUAAGGAGAAAUUCAAAUUUUAUCAAAGAUAAGAAUUCUCAUUGGUAUAAAUAUAAUAUUUCCAUAAGUACGAAGAAUAGUACUUUGGUAUUGAAACCAUUGUAUAAAAAGAAAGCCGUUAUUUCGCCCUCCCCAAAUCUAUCUUCCACUUUAUCUUUAGCAAAUAAUGAUGAAAUUAUUAUAAUAGAUUUACAAUUUAUUUCAACGAAGAAAUUGGAUGAUAAAACUUUCCAAGUUUUACAAUCUAUUAAUGUCCAAAAAAUACGAAAUGGGAUAAAUGGUUUAAAGAAAGAUAAUAGAAAAAACAAUGACAGAUUAUUCAAAUUUAAAUUUGAAAAUGAAACUGUUAUGAAUCAUUGGUUUGAUAAAAUAAUGAAGUCAAUGCAUGAUUCUCUUAUAAAUGAUUCAAAUUCAAUAUCACAUGAUAAUACUAGCAACAACAUAAUAAGUAAAAAUACCAUAAACAAUGAUAACAAUAAUAAAGACCUUAAUAAUAAUAAAAGUACUACUACUACUACUACUACUACUACCAGUGGUACUGAUUUUACAUCAUUAUUAAAUCAAGUUAAACAUUUACAUCAAUCGAAUUUGAAAUGUUGCGAUUGUAACUCAACUGAUUCUGUAGAAUGGAUUUCAUUGAAUAUAUUAUGUUUACUUUGUAUUAAAUGUUCAGGUAUACAUAGAUCAAUGGGAUCACAUAUUUCCAAAAUUAGGUCUUUAACGUUGGAUAAUUUCCAUUCCAUUGAAACAUUAUAUUUAAUUAAAAAUAAUUGCCUCAAUUCAAACGUUAAUGAAAUUUAUGAACAUAAUUUACCAAUAAAUUUAAAAAUUUCAUCAAAUUGUAAUGAUCAAAUGAGAUCCCUUUUCAUUAAGGAUAAAUAUAUUACUAAAAAAUACAUCGAAAAAAAGUUAACAAUUAAUAAUGAUAACGAUAUCCUGAAAGACCUAAUAUUAGCCAUUCACAAUAAUAGUAUUUAUGAUAUUCAAAAGGCUUUAGCAAAGACAAAUCGGACAUUAAGAGAAUUAUCUAUUUAUCAUAGAAAAACGAAUACAACAACAUCAAUUUUCCAAUAUUCUUUAAAACAUCAUACUAUAGUAGAUGAAACCCCCAUUUUUCAUAUUACAGAAUUCUUAUUAAGUAAUGGGUUAAUAAUAGAUCAAUUACCUACUAAUAUGACACAAUGGGGACCGGAAGUAAUUAAAUAUUGGAAAGCAAUGUUAAAAAUCUAUGAACCCUAUAAAGAAUCGUCACCAUUACCAUCCUCAUUCUCAUCCUCAUCACCAUCGUCGUCGUCGUUUUCUAAAGGCAAUAUCUAUAAAUCACCAUUAGCACAGAAAUCUUUACAACAUACUGAUGGCAAUCAUAAUCAUAUUCUACAAGAUACAAAAUCUAUUGGGAAAUUAAUAAUUAAUAAUAACACAUCAAUACCAUCUUCAACAUUAUCAUCACCUUUUUCUCCCGCAACAAGGAAUUUAAUGUCACCAAAUAAUAUAUUGAAUCUUCAUAAAUCUUUGAAAUUGAAUAAGAAAAGAUAA